AUGUCAGCUACUGUGCCCAAGUUCAACCUACCCCAACCCACCUCCGAGAACAUCUUCCACCUAUUCCCAGACGUCCAACCGCUGGACGUCUCAGCCAACAAAGCCCUCGCAUCCGCCACGCGCACCGGGGACCCGCCACCAAGCCAAGAUGCAUUGAUGGAGGAAAUGUGCAUCGUUGUCGACGAGGAAGAUAGGGAAAUCGGCAUGGCCAGCAAGAGAGUCUGCCACCAACUCGCCAACAUCGACCGCGGCCUCCUCCACCGAGCCUUUUCCGUUCUCCUCUUCGACACCCAGAACCGCCUCCUGAUCCACCAGCGCGCCAGCCACAAGAUCACCCUGCCCAACCAAUGGACCAACACGUGCUGCUCCCACCCGCUCGCAGUCGCGACGGAAACCGGCGGCAUCGCGGGAUCCCGGCGCGCGGCGCAGCGCAAGCUCCAGCACGAGCUGGGCGUGACCCCGGACGACGUCGCGCUUGCGUCGUUGCACUUCGCCACGCGGAUGCACUACCGGUGCCUUAGUGACGCGCGCUGGGGAGAGCAUGAGAUUGCCUCGGUCUUCCUCUGCAAAGCCGAUGUCCGCCUUGAUGUCAAUGCCGAGGAGAUCCGGGAUUACCGCUAUGUCACGCGCUCGGAGCUGCAGCGCAUGCUGGGCGACUCGCAGUUCACCUUCACGCCGUGGUUCCGGCUCUAUUGCGAGAACUUCUUGGAUGGCUGGUGGGAGGCGAUCUGCGCGGACCCGCUGCCGGACCUCAAGGCCGAUUGCACAAUCCAUCGGCUUUGAGAAUCUUCGGUGCGGUAUUGUGGUGUAUGGUGUUUUUCCGGCUUUCGUGUUCUUCUUUGCUUUCAUGGGGCAAGAAGUAUGCUGGCGGCGCUGGGCUGAGUACAUCGUAGUUUAUGAAUCUUCUUGGGUAGUUGAGAUUAACAGAGGGCAGAGCCAUGGAUUCGCAUGUCACUGUGUGAAAACGUCAAGUACUGCACACGAUCCGAUUUUAGUUAAAUUUAGGGCCCAAGAAGAAGAAGAUGUAGCACCUCCAACCUAGAUAGUUGGGUCCAAGGGGCGGUGCAGUUGCGUGUAGCGG